ACAAACACUGGAACAGGCGUGUCCCCUGCUAAUCAAACACAUCCCCUUCUUAUUAUCCUGCAUCCAUUCACACCUGGACCAUAGGAGGAAGAAGGGACAGCAAUGUCUACUGGCUCUCUGAGUGAUGUGGAGGACUUCCAAGAGAUGGAAAUGUUGGGCUGCGAUGCCUUGAAACUGGAUUCUAGCAAGGACUUUGGGAUCUCAAAUGACAGCAAUGAGGAAAGCUCCACUUGUGACAAUGGUUCUCCUAAGAAAGGCAGAGGAACUACUGGCAAGAGGAGGAAAACCCCACGCAAGAAGAGUUCUCUGACUGGGGUCAAUCAUGAGGGAAAGCAGGUCCAGAGGAAUGCGGCUAAUGCCAGGGAAAGGGCCAGGAUGAGAGUGCUCAGUAAAGCCUUUUCCAGGUUGAAGACCACCUUACCCUGGGUGCCUCCAGACACUAAACUUUCCAAGCUAGAUACCCUAAGGCUGGCAUCAAGCUACAUAGCUCAUCUGAGGCAGGUCUUAGCCAAUGACAAGUAUGAGAAUGGUUACAUCCAUCCUGUGAACCUGACGUGGCCCUUCAUGGUAGCUGGGAAGCCUGACAGUGACCUCAAGGAGGUGGUGGGGACAAGUCGCCUGUGUGGCCCCACGGCAUCAUGACCCUGCUGAGGGGCCCUGUGGACGGAUGGACACGCUGCACAACAUCUCAUUUAAAGCAACCAAGAGGAGACCAAAUGUACAUAGUCCUAAAGACCCCAUUUCUAUUUAACGUCAUGGCCUUGUCCAUGUUAUGUAGUCCUGAGCCUGGCUGGUCCCAGAGCUGGAGGAACGUCUUGUGUCAUUUUGUACAAUAUGUUUAUAUACGGAGGUCCUGCCUUCAGAUAUACAGAUUUAUUAUACAAAUUUAUAUAUUUUUUUUUUGUUUCUUCAAAAAGAUUAGAUAUUUCUGCGAAUAAAUUCUGCUUUAUACAAGUAA